UCCUGCUCUGACAUUUUAGGAGGUGGCACAUGUGUGCACCUCUGACUCUCCACCCCCGGGGCCCCUCCUCUCCUCUGCAGAGAGAUUCUCUUCUCCUUUCAGCUCUCUCUGCACUGGUGGCCUGAGCAGCACAGCCCCAUCUCGAAGUCAGGAGCUGCCUUGUCAGAGCACGACGCAGGCUGAGGAAAGGCCCAGAGAGGACUGACAGGAUGGGGAACACUCUGCUGAGGGAAAACAGGUGGCGACAGAACACUCAGGAGAUAUCCUGUACACUGAGAAAUCAAAACUUCAGACAAAGAACAUGCAGAUGCUGGAACCGCCACAUCGCUGAAGGGUGUUUCUGCCUUCCAUGGAAAAAAAUACCCAUUUUUAAAGCCAGGCAAGAUUCUCAAAAGAAAAAUGAAGGAACAUCAUCUGCUACCACACAGCAGGACAAUGCUGACCAGACCUUCAUGGAGGAGCUGUGCUACACCCUCAUCAAUCAUGGCACCCUCAGCAGAAUGCCAUCAGGGAUCUCUGCCGAGGCCUGUUAUGAGAACGUUCCCCCCAAGGCCCAGCGGCCCAGAGAGUUGGUGAGAGGAACUGAGACUGAGUACUCACUUCUCCGUGUGCAGUCCACCCCUCAGCAUCCACCUUCCCCAGAAAAUGAAUAUGAACUUGUCACACCCCAUAGAAACUCCUCUCACCCUGCAACAAACACAUCUAUUUCUGCCCCCUUCUGAGGCUCGCGUUUCCCAUUUAUAAUGAAGUGGUUGGACCAAUGUUUCUUUAACACCAGUAAAUAAAAGCUGUGGGGAGGGGGGCCCUGGGUGAAGCAGGCAUGGAGCACAGCGCCCUUCCAGCUUGCCUCCUUCCCCACUCCGCCCCACACCCACAGCGGCCCUUUCUACAGGGGUCUCUGCAUAACGUGGUUUGUAAACCACAGGGCCUCUUAGACCCUACUCAGUAUCCAACAUCUAAAGAUGAACCGACUGUUCUGAACACCACCCUUUGAGGAAGGAAUGGACAUAGUUGGUCCUAAGUGGCUUUGGAAACGAGCUUCUCUACUCAGUGGCAGGAGGGGCUUCCUGGUCCCCUACAAUGGUGCACAUCACAAAGGGUUCUGCUCCUCUGUCAGGUUCUUAUAAAAUGGCCACAUGAUUGUCCUCUAAAGUCACAGGAAUCCACUCAUUCCACACAUGCUUAGGGCCCAACCUCUAAUUCACAGACUUCUGGAUAGCCACCUGUGCAUCCGUCUCACUCCAUGCCUCCAAGUGGUGUCCUUUGGAUAGUGCCUAGGGACUUCUUGGCCCUGGUGGCUCGCUUGGCUGGUUACAUGGGUUGAAUCCCAUGUAAGUCUCAGGCCAAGAUUUUAUAUAAUUUUUCAUAUAAUUUUAGUCCAUAAGUUUUUUAACUUUUGUGUUUCUUCCCAGAAAUCUUAAGGAAAUCAUAGCAUCAGAGAAUGAUAGAGUAGAAAGAUCGCUGGAGAUUCUCUCAUCCCAUUAAGACACAUAACAUUGAAAAUUAGUGGCGAAAUGUUAUUUGCAGUUUAAUUUCCUGGCUUCCAUUAUAUUGGCUUCUUUCUUCCAAUAUACUAUAUAGAAGAGCCUCUACUCUGUAGUAUAUGUGUGUAUUAGGUAAUAUGUCACGUACAAAAUAUGAAUAAAAUGUCCUCAUGGGAAGAAUAACACACACACACACCCCUUUUCUAUCGAGCACUUCUCUGGAUGCUCUGAUUAUUUAUUUUUCCUCAUCUUUUCUUCAGUGUUCCUAGAAUUAUGUCUAUCCCCUAAAACAGGGGACAGCAAACUAUGGUCCAAAGGCCAAAUCUGGCCAACUGCCUGUUUUUGCAAUAAAAUGUUAUUGGAAUAAUCUAA